AGGACAUUAUAUUUUCGUGUUAAGCUCUUCCAAUUCAACAGAGCCCUCGAUUAAAGGAUAUUUUCUAAGUCCAGAUAAUAUUCUAAUCAAUUAGACAAUACUUGUGCUCUUAUAAGAGAAGUGGAAGAAGCAUUCAAAUUAGGACAAUAUUAGUGCCCUUGUAAGAAAAGUGGAUGAAGCAUGAUCCUGCUAGUUAUAGUGCUCGGUGCAGCCGCUGCUAUCGCUCCGCCCAUUGUCACCUGCACCCUGGAUGAGCUGAUCAAAGCUGCGUCUGACACAUGCGCUGUUCUUCCAAUAGAGAUGCUGUACAAGCUGCCGGCUGUUCCUGACCUCGACAUCAUGGAGUUCAAGCGAGACAGCAAAGUCAGUUUCAAAUUGAACAAAGCCCACAAGAGCCUUCGGAACCGCUUACCCAACAAUAUCGUGAUCUACAUUCCCGGCUGGUGGAACACACCGAGCGACGAGUCCACGAGGACCAUAGUCAGUGCGCUACUGACUAAGAACCCUUCAGUUCUAGUCGUGAACACUAGACCUACGUUUGGACUGGGCUACGUCUCCUCUGCGUCGCGAGUCAACGGCGUCGCGCAGAACCUCUUCAAGUUUAUUUACAACCUACAUCGCCACGGCUACUCUUUGUCAUCUAUUCAUCUCAUCGGCUUCAGCCUUGGCGCUCAUGUUGCGGGGAUUACGGGGAAGCUGGUCCAAAAGCGACUGAAAGGGAAGAUCAAGAGGAUCACAGCGUUGGACCCGGCGCGACCAUGUUUUCUUCAGUUCUCUCAGUAUCGCCUGGAUAAGGAGGACGCUAAGUUCGUCAACGUCAUUCAUUCCAGUAUUGGAGUGUUAGGCAUCGAGGAACCGUUGGGCCACGUCGACGUGUUCCUGAACGGAGUGACGGUUCCGCAGCCGGAGUGCAAGGGUGUGGCGCUGAGUUUGGAAUGCGACCAUGCGCUCGCAUGGAGGACCUUCUCCUCGUCGGUUGUCGAGGAGGAUGUGUUGCUUGGACGUCUAUGCCGCAGUUUCGAGGAGCUGAGGAACGGACGCUGCAGGGGCAACAAAACUUUCGUCGGCUACGACUGCAACACCUCCAACAGAGGCAUCUUCCUCUACAAGACUUCGAAACCGUCUAAAAGGCAGUUAUCAGUUUUUAAUCCUUUCGACAUUAAUACGUGGUUUGGAAGGUGAUCUGUGUUUGUAGAUCUAGAAAAUAGGUUGUGAUAUUCUGUGAUAAUAUUUUGUAAGGUCUUUGAAGUUGGUGGCCAGUUGGCAUAGC